GAUUUAUAAUAUAUAUAUUUAUACAAAAAGUGGAAUAAAAAAUAGACAGCAACUUUCCGUAUAAAAUAAAGAGACGUACAUUAAUAACGUUUAGUUUGAAAGCCAGCUUGCGGCAAAACGAUACAAUAUAAAUAUUAGUACAUACAAUAAUUUUUUUUAAAAAAGUUAGCUUUUUUAAAACUACAACGCAAUGAGUCUUGUAAGACAAAACUUUCAUGCAGAUUGCGAAGAGGCUCUUAACAAACAAAUCAAUAUGGAAUUAUAUGCAAGUUAUGCAUACUUAUCAAUGGCAUUCUAUUUUGAUAAACAUGAUGUGGCUUUGCAAGGGUUGCAUCACUACUUCAAACAAGCAUCUGACGAAGAACGUGAGCAUGCCAUGAAAUUUAUGACAUAUCAAAAUAAAAGAGGAGGAUCCAUUGUUUUAACUGACAUUAAGUCGCCAGAAAAAAUGAAUUGGGGUAGUGCUAAAGAUGCAAUGACUGCAGCAUUGGAGCUUGAAAAACAAGUCAAUGUGAGUCUUUUGGAACUUCACAGUCUGGCAUCGAGUCACAACGAUCCAAAUUUUGUGGACUUUUUAGAAAACGAAUUUUUGCAAGAACAAGUUGAUGCAAUAAAAGAAAUUGCCGAUCAUGUAACAAAUCUUGAAAGAGUUGGCGAAGGUCUGGGAGUUUUUAUGUUUGAUAAAUCAUUAAAAGAAUAACUUUUAAAAAAUUAUUAACAUUGAAAAUUUUAAAUUUUGAUUUUUUGUUAGGUAUAUUUUUUGCUCAUAUUUUUAUAUUUAGGCGUCGCAACGUUUUUUAAUACCAUCAACAUAAGUCAAAAUUACAUACCUACAUAUUUUAUAUAGCGAAAAAUAUUUU